AUGUCUGACAGAGAUCAGAAUGAUGAAAUUAUAACUUCAACAAUCAAUCUUGGAUUCUAUAAUUAUUAUAUAAAUAAACAUCAUCAUCAUCAUCAUCAACAACAAAAACAUCAACAUCAAAAACAAGAACAACAACAAUUUCAAAGUUGUUCGAAUUCACUUUCCGAUCCUUUCUACUAUUAUUGCUAUGAGAAGAAGAUGCUAUUCUCAAUGUUUCUCAUGGAGUUUCCACAGAAUAUCGAUACUGACAUAUUUGUUAUGAAGGAAUACGAUCGAUUGAAGAUGCUACAGGAACAACAAGGACCGAGACACACUGAGAUCCUGCUGCGCAAGGAAGACAAUGUCGGUGGUCGUAAAGCACUCAAAGAGAAAUUCGUAGAGAUCUACGAAGCGUUCUUCAACGGCGAAGAUCCAUCGGCCAACCAACCAUCGUUCUGGGAGCAGCUGUUCCUCAUCAAAGUGAACACCCCAUUCUUGGAGCGUUGCAUCAUCUUGACCUCCGAGGAUCAUCUCCUCGCACUGAAACCAAACAUCAACCUAAUCUUUACACAAUGUUGCAAUUGGCUAAAGAAUUCCGAUUCAAUUAGAAUCGUUCAUAUUUUAGAGACACUUAGUAUUAUUUUAAGAAGUAUUUUCAGAAAGAAAUUUAAUAACUUUGGAUUUGACAUAUUGAAUAUUCUAUGUGGUAUUGAGAAUGCAGAUAAUGUAUUCAAACAAUUGAUUAUCGAUUUACAACAACUCUUAAAAAAUCCAGAUGCAAAAGUAAAAUCGCUGACUAUUAAUUUGUUGAAUAUUAUUGUGACUGCAACGGAAUUUAUCAAUCAAAAUACAUUGCUACAGUUCUUUAUGGUGGUCGAUAUGUUUAUGUCGUUGGUCGAUACCAUCAACGAUAAGGAAUUGGCCAAACCACAGAGAUUGAAUGCAUUGACAAUACUGGUGUACCUGUCAAACUUUCAGAAAUAUGAAAUAUUGAACCCGUACAAUAGGAAUCUCUCUUCGUUGGCCGACACCGAGAGAAUCAAAGGUCUGGUGGAAUUGAUCACCUCGCAACUCGACGAUCAAAACAAAUACUAUGCCGAUCAAUUCAGAGAACCAAAUCAAACAGUGAUGUCAAGAUUCGGUGGUUACCUAAGUAGUUGGGUAUACACACCGGUUAUUGCAAAACCAUGUUCUCUAAGUGAUACAGGAUCAUGUUUAAUGAUAUUAUAUGAACUAUUCUAUCAAAAUGAAACAUUCAUUAAACUUUUGAUAAAUGGUGGAUUGACAUCGGCCAACAGUACUUGUCCGGAGGUUCUCAAACAGUUUUUGGUGUUUGGUGGAUAUCUGGCAUCGGAUCACGCCAAAGAAUCAAAGGUACUAUUUACCAAGCUCUCAUUGAACAUCUUGAUUUGUAUGACUGAAAAGAAAGAAUUGGAAGAUUAUUUCCAUGAAGUUAAAACGUCAAGCUAUAUUUUUAUUUAUUCAAAGAAAUCAUUAUAUCCAGAUCCAAAAGAAGUUGAAAAACAUCCAAUUUCAUGUUAUAUUAUUGAUGUUGUAAAUCAAAUUAUCAAGUGUAAUCUCAAAGGUAAACUACCGGUUGAAAUUCAUCAGAAAGCUAUCAGUUGUGUCCAAAGAGUGGUUUCCUACAAGAAGAAAACACAAUCAAGAUUACCAAUCAAAUGGGUCGACACAUGGACAUCUCUUAUCUCUUUCAUCUCAGCGAUUAACGCCUCUGAAAAAGUACAACACUCUGAAUUACUUCCACUUGGUAUCGAUACAAUUAAUAUUUUCAAUCUAUUCAUCAAUUAUGGUGACCUUUUCCUACCGCAACCAAGUGACUACGAUGAUCUGUUCUACGAGAUCAUUAGAGCUGGCCAAGCGGUAGAGUCAUUCUCAAAGCUGGUGGAAAUCGAGGAUCCUACCGACGAUCAUUCAGCAUUUCAACGGCAAGAUUCAACAGUGGUCAUCGGAGCACCAAGAGGUAUCGCUCACCUCCGAUCAGGUGAUAGCACUCAUCAAAGACAACUACGUCACACUCCGACUGAAACUACAAGAGAAUCUCGAUCAAUUCGAACGCUACGUAGAGAGCUCCAAAGAAGCAAACUUCUAUCGUCAACUAAUACGCUCGAUGGUACAAGACACCAAGACAAAUCUAAACAACAACAACAAUAUAAUACAAUGUCUUCAACUAUACAGCAACAUCAACAAGAUGAUAUUUCAACAAGUGGCGGUACAUCACCUUCAUUCGCAUCUUCUUCCACUACUUCAAGACGCCUAUCUAUACAUAACAUUAACAACAACAACAAUAACAAUAAUAACUAUAAUGAACAAGUAAUAGAGUCACCAACUCCAUUACCACCACCAACAAGUACAACACCUCCAAUAGAUAACAAUAAUAAUAGUAGUAGUAUAAAUAAUAAUAGUAGUAGUAGUAGUAAUAAUAAUAUAAAUCGUAAUAAUAAUAAUAAUAGAAAUAAUAAUAAUAAUAAUUUAAAUGAUAUUUCAACAAUAAUAAGGAGAUUUUUAGUGGAGAGAAGUCUAACUCUUAUUGACAGAGAUUUCAAUUCCAAUGAUUAUGAAAUGUUAUUGGCAUUAGACUCUGAUAAUCAAAAUUAUUCAGGUGCUAAAACGGAGCAAAUCGAACUUUUACCAUUACAUUGUCUGGAGACUCAAAAGGAUCUGGAUGAUCUGUUCCAAACGGAUGGAGAUAACUCACGAGAAUAUCGUGUUGUAAAAAGAACUUCUUUACUACAUCUCUCAAUUAAUUUUAGUUCACCAAACAAUCCUUUAAUAUUCAAUAUUUUAUUGGAUUUUUUAAAAAAGAAAAGAAAAGAUAAUUUAAUAAAUAUAAUAUUUAUUUGGAAAAAGAAAAAGAAAAAGAAUUCAAAUAAAAUAAUUAAAACACUAAAAAGAUAUGUUGUAAAUCAAUUAUUGAGUCCUUCAGGAAUUACCAUUUAA